GUUCCCGAGUUCUCAGAGCUUCUUCAGAACAGCCCUCUUCAAAAAAGCCGAGACUCCUCGCCUGCUUAUAAAGACCUCCAAGAAGCUACACAUCUAGAUCCCGAGGAGGCGCCAAAGACCCCAGUCACCAGAACAGCGAAGCCUGAUGAUUUCAAAGUUUUAAAUGACAUUUCUGAGGUAGACGAUUUGAUGUUCUGUGAAGUGGCCAACCUUAUUGAAGCGGCCAAUUCUGGUGGGCCAACAGCCUCUUGUGAAAUAGACCAAGCCGUGCUUUUCAAGGCUUUUACACAGGGUUUAAAAUCACGAAAGGCUUUACUUCAACGUCGUAUGGGUAUUCUAUUCGAACAUCAAUACAAUCAGGAUGUGUCAUUCUGGCGUAGAGAGCUUCCCCGCAUGUUAAACAACAGUAGGGUUAAAACAAGCAAAUACCUCCGUUAAAAAACACAUAUGUAAAAAAACACAAGCACACACAUCCUUAAGUAGAGAAAUGGCGCCCCCUAUAGACCUAAGCGAGACAAUUGAAACCCUCUUAGCGGAAAUCCCUACAGAGCUCCAAGAUAUAAUUAACCAUAUGAAUGAUUCUGGGCUAAUUGACAUAGGGGCUAUAGAUGAAAACCUAUUAUCCCAGAUUCCCUCCGAACUCAUUGAAAUUAUUACACGUAUGAAUGAGUCAGGGUCUGCAGAUGAAAACAGGUUAUCACAGAUACCCGAAUCAAUCAUAUCUUUAAUUACCCAGAUGAACGAGAGCCCAAGGUUUAAUUCUGCACCCCCUACACCUCUAAGCCAUCCUUUAACACCCUUGUUCGAAGAGGAAACCCAAUACGAUGUUUUUGAACAGCUGAACAAAUGUCUAUCAAAUCUGGAGCGGGAAGGUCUUGAUCACAAUGUACAGAACGAAAGCCCUAGGUUUAAUUCUGCACCACCUACACCUCUAAGCCAGCCUUUAACACCCAUGUCUGAAGAGUCUGAAACCCAAUACGAUGUUUUUGAACAGUUGGACGAUUGUCUAGCAAAUCAGGAUGGGGAUGGUCUUGAUCGCAGUGAACAUGUUUUGUAUCGAAAUAAAUUCCACAAUAUUGAGGUUCGACAGUUUUUCAAUUUCGCAUGGGGGGGUCAGAUUCGGGAAUAUGCUGUGUUUUACGUAAUGCUUAUGGACACUUUGAAUGAACUGGUAGAUAGAGUUAGAGCUUAUAGCCAACCAAGGGAUACCUUACAGUUGGAAAUUUUAGGAGACAGUCUGCAGAGCCGUGUGUCGCUUAUUUUAAAUAGGGGUGAAGCAGAUCUUGAACAAUUUGUUAACCUGCUAGAACGCCUUGUUCAGUCAAAUUUAAACGUGCUAGCAGAUAGGACCCUCGAACUUGUAGUACAAUUAGUCCGGCCACCCCAAGGAGGCGGCGGGCAGAGACGUAAACUCGAUAGCCUGAUGCAGUCCGAAAUCAUAAGCAAUAAAAAGGCCUACCUCAUAAUCGUUCACAAUCAUGGUAAUAAGCUAUGCUUUGCCAUAGGUUUGGACCACUUACUCAGCCCAGGAUGUACAGAGCGCGAAGCGUUACAGAAAGCUCAAGAGCUACAAAAGGCUGUGGGUUUAGCAGGGCUAAUGACGCGCUCCUGA